AACAAAUUUCUAUAUAGGAAGGCCCCAGAGUCUGUGUGUGUGUGUGUAUAUCACUCAGCAAAAGCCUACUUGUAUCAACCAAGAGAGAUAGAGAGAUGCAGAGAGAGCCACCGAGUCUGUGAUAGUCAAGAUGGCCUCAUUAUGCCCACUCGUAUUCCAGGUGAAUCGCUGCGAACCUCGACUAAUAACACCCGCAAAACCAACACCACAUGAAACAAAGCUGCUGUCGGAUAUUGACGACCAGCAAGGCCUCAGGUUCCAUGUUCCAUUCAUCAUGUCUUACAAGAACAAUCCUUCAAUAUUGUUGAAACAAAAUGACCCUGUUAAGGUGAUCAGUGACGCGUUGAGUAGAGCACUGGAGUAUUACAACCCUUUGGCUGGUAGGCUCAGGGAAGUGCAUAAUAAAAAGCUUAUGGUGAACUGCAAAGGAGAAGGCAUCUUGUUCGUCGAGGCCAAUGCCAACGUCACACUCGACGAACUCGGGGACGCAAUUCUACCGCCUUGUCCAUUCUUAGAGGAGUUCCUGUUUAACGUGCCAGGCUCUGAUGGUAUUCUUGGUUCUCCUUUGAUCUUGAUACAGGUAACCCGUCUGAAUUGCGGAGGUUUCAUAUUUGCAUUGCGGUUAAACCACACAAUGUGUGACGCAUUUGGUUUGGUUCAAUUCUUGAACGCAGUAGGCGAGAUUGCCCAAGGCGCAGAAGCACCUUCUACUAUACCAGUGUGGGAACGAGAGCUCUUGAGCGCUCGAGAUCCUCCACAAAUUUCAUGUACACAUCAUGAAUUUGAUGAUACCAUUGACCACUCAUAUCUGAACUCUGCAACGACAGUCCAACGAUCUUUAUGUUUUGGUCCCGAGGAGAUAAAGGCCCUCAAGGAGCAUCUUCCACCACACCUUUCCACCUGUUCAUCCACAUUUGAUUUAAUAACAGCUUGCUUGUGGAAAUGUCGAACAAUUUCACUUGAAAUGGACCCAAAACAGAUUGUCCGUCUAUCAUGCGCAGUUAAUGCACGUGGUAAACACAAAACUUUAUGUCUUCCUCCAGGAUACUAUGGCAAUACAUUUGCAUAUCCGGCUGUUGUUUCAACUGCAGAACGUUUAUGUAACAGUCCGUUGGGAUAUGCAGUGGAGUUGGUGAAGAAAUCGAAAGCUAAAAUGAGUGAAGAGUACUUAAGAUCUGUGGCAGAUUUUGAGGAGAUAAGAGGACGACCUCCACUUGCAAUGGAAGGCAUGAGUGACUUUAUAGUUUCGGAUAACACACGAACAGGUUUGGGAGAAAUUGAUUUCGGGUGGGGAAAGCCAGUAUAUGCUGGAGUUGCUAAGUCCUUCGAUAUGGUUAGCUUCUAUGUCAAGAACACAAACAAAGCUGAGCAAUAUAAAGUUCUGGUACCAAUAUGCUUGCCAUUAUCGUCCAUGGAGAGGUUUCAGCAAGAGCUCAUGAAGAUGAUUAGUUUCGACAAAGUGGAGAUACCAUCAUAUAUAUAAUUAAGUACCUCAUUAAGCACGAUUGUUUGGUUAUAUCACUUAUAUGCAAUAUGCUCAUGUCAUCUGGUUAAAGAAUUUUCUGGACUUGUACUGGCAUUGGUUUCAGCAUAAUCAUCUCUAAAAUAUUAUAAACGGUGUGUGUUAUUUUUUUGUUCUUAA